AUGCGAGUCGAAUACUUAUCUUUUUCGGCACACGCCGACGCCAGGGGUAUAAUGCAACUGAUUUCACAGUGCCGCCCUGGUCACGUCCUUUUGGUGCACGGCGAGGCGAGCAAGAUGGAAUUUCUCAAGAGUCGUAUCGAGUCCGAAACGAAAUUGCCCUGCUCUAUGCCUGCCAACGGCGAAAUAGCCAUUGUACCCACGCGACCUCACUUCAACGUCAGAGCACCGAAAGAUAUGCUGAAAAAGGUUUUGGGUAAGUUUUGGCAGUGA